GGCUUUCCCCUUCUCCCCCUCACAAGUCACAACCCAUCGCCACCAGCUCUUUAUUUCGAUGAAAACAGAGAAGAUUUUAGGAAGGGUGGGGAGGGGAAGGAGUGGGAGUAUGGCAUCCUUGGAGCAAGAGAAUUCUCCCUUGAUACAUCGAAGGACGGCGACCCAAGUGCUGAACAAAGGGAAAGAAGCAGCGAACAAGAUCAAGUGUCUGUUGCAAGAGUCCUUUCCAUCGGAGGAUCAUGGAAAGAAUUCGAUGAUCGGGUUCUUAAAUGAAGAAAUUUUGGACUCCUUCUCGGAAGCACUCAUUAUUUUGACGUCUGAAGGGGCACCAGAGACCCCUUUGGAUCAGGCGAGUACUCCUUGCUCUGAUGAGCAAGGAAGCGAUCAUUCAAGUAAGAAAAGGAAGGUCCAAUCAGGUCGAAGAAAUGGUUAUCGGAGAAGGGCUCAUCCGUAUGCGAGCACAAGGGUCUUAUCAAAGACGAUGGAUGAUGGUCGUACAUGGCGAAAAUAUGGACAGAAAGAUAUCUUUAGUUCUAAGCAUCCAAGGAGCUACUUCAGAUGCACUCACAAAUAUGACCAAGACUGUCAAGCCACAAGACAAGUCCAGAGAUCGGAGGAUGAUCCCUCCAUGUAUGUGAUUACUUACAUUGGAGAGCACACAUGCAGAGAUCCAACCAAGUCCCCCCAUCUCCUUCCACCAUCCCAUCAGAGACCACCCUUUAUCAUUAGCUUUGGAUUGGAAACCGCUCAAGAUGAUCAACAAGAGCCCCAGUCGAACUCUCCCCACUCCUCAAUACUAAAACAAGAGAGCGAUGAGGAGGUGGUGAGCGAUCCCAGUCCAGGCAGCUCAGCCUCAGAAUUUCUCAUGUUGCCCGACCUCGGCACCUUCGAACAGUCUGCACCAAUGGCACCAUACAUGGAAACUGUUUUGGAUCAAUGUGAUGUUAUGUCCGACGUGCAUUCUUCUAAUAGUUGUUUAGAUAUGGAAUUCGAGAUCCCAUUUGAGCUAAAUGAGAUCGAUGAUGUGUUUAGUCUUGAUCAUGACAAGCUUUUCCCAGAUUAGAAGGUCUUCCAUGUACUUCAAAAGGUCUUUCUGGCUAUGAGAACCUUCUUUUACCUUUUUUUUUCUGAAGGGGUAGAAUUUGCUAAGGAACUUUUCUUCACUGGUGAGGAAUAUGAACUAGCUCUGAUGUAAUUUUAUUGUAUAUUACUUUUUUAUGCUUUUUUCUUAUUAAUAAAAUAAACAUGAUCCAGCUUCCACGUAA